AUGUUCAAAUUCUGGGGUUCUCAGGAGCAGCAAGCUCAGCCACAUCCACAGGAAAUGCCCAGAGAUUCUUGGUAUCCACCAUCUGUUGUCAGCUCGAGUUCUUCACAACCCACAACACCUAGUGGAGGUUCUUCAAGCAGCUUCAGCGUACCAAGACCUGCUGAUCGAGCAAAUUCUUUAUCAAAUGUUUCACCUGCAGAGGCUUCUGGCAUCAUCGCUACGUUGAAAGAUAAAAGUGUUGAUGAGCUUCGGAAGCUUUUGUCGGACAAGAGUGCUUAUCAGAGCCUCUUGCUUUCACUUGAACCCGUUAAAACUCAAGACAGGGUUCGAGAUGAACUUCAGAGCGAAUCGCUGCAGCUUGCUAGAGAAAAUCUACAAAAAGAACCACGCAUGGUGGAAUUAAGGAAUCAGUGCAGAAUUAUUCGAACAACUGAGCUGGCUACUGCUCAAGAAAAGCUGCAUGAAUUAGAGAGAAAAAAAGAAGAGACUUUGAAGAAUUAUUCUCCUGCUUCCCUUCUUCAUAAACUUCAAGAGGCAAUGCAUAAAAGUGACGAGGAAUCUGAGGCCGUCCAUAGGCAACUUCUGGACGGGGAGAUUGAUCUUACGGCUUUUGUACAUAAAUAUAAGAAGUUACGGCAGAUGUACCAUAAACGCGCACUUACCCACCUUGCCAUGAAGACAUCUGUAACCAGCUGA